UGAAAUUAAAAGAAGCUGCAACUCUCCCUGCCGACACACGUCACGCUUCAUAACUACACAAGUCACAGUACUUUCCCUUAUUUAUUUAUUUAUCUGCCAAUUACCAUUACAUCCAUGAGCUAGCCCCACUGCACUUUCUCAGGCAGAUCCAAGAUCUAAUUUCUUCCCACCAUUACCACAGGCCGUUGCAAUCAUGUCAAGGAGACAAGUGAGUUCUACGCGCCGAUUCGUUGACAGUGGGAGCUUCCCCUUCUCCGGUGCUUUACAUUCGAAAUCGCGUUCUUCUCCCGUCUUAUCCGUUGCUCUUAUUCUCCUGGGCGCCUUUCUUCUUGUCGUUUAUGCUUUCAGUGGCUCCGGUGUUUUUGGGCGAUCCAGGGAAACUGUUAGUAGGUUCGAAGGUGACUUUUCUUGCACAUCAGAAGUUCAGAGAGCUAUACCUAUUCUAAAGAAGGCAUAUGGUGAUAGUAUGCACAAAGUUUUGCAUGUGGGCCCUGAUACUUGUUCGGUAGUGUCUGCAUUGUUGAAAGAAGAGGAAACUGAGGCAUGGGGUGUGGAACCUUAUGACAUAGAAGAUGCAGAUGCAAGAUGCAAAAGCCUUGUGCACAAAGGCAUUGUGCGUGUGGCUGAUGUCAAGUUCCCUCUGCCAUACCGAGCAAAAUCCUUUUCUCUUGUUAUUGUGUCAGAUUCUUUAGAUUACUUAUCUCCAAAAUACAUGAACAAGACACUUCCAGAUUUGGCAAGGGUGGCCGCUGAUGGCGUUGUUAUAUUCACAGGGUACCCUGGCAAACAGAGAGCUAAAGUUGCAGAGUUAUCCAAAUUCGGACGCCCAGCCAAAAUGCGGAGCUCGUCUUGGUGGGUUCGCUAUUUUGUCCAGACAAAUUUGGAAGAAAAUGAAACUAGUGUAAAGAAGUUUGAGCAGGCUGCAGUCAAGAAGUCAUACCAGCCAAGCUGUCAAGUAUUUCACCUCAAACCUUUAACAUAAAACGUAUACAGGACUUCCCACAAUAGUUCUUCAUACAUAAAGCCCUCUAAAAGCUCUGUUGGGUUAUUUAAUUUGGUAAAAGACAGUAUUGAUAUCACUUAUGGUUUGACAUAAACAUUAUUAUAUAGGCAUUAUUUUUAAUUAAUUUAAUUAAUGUGAAUUUAUAUAUAUAUAUAUAUAUUUUGAGUUUAA